AGGGGCGGGACGGAGCCGGCACCGCCCGGCGGGGACGGGGCUUCCGGGCGGCGGCGGAGGCAUGGAGGCGGCGGGGGGAGGAGGAGGAGCCGGCUUCCGUGCCAGCGAGCACCAGCACUGCCGCUACAACCCGCUGCGGGAUGAGUGGGUGCUGGUGUCCGCACACCGUGUGAAGCGGCCCUGGCAGGGACAGCUGGAGAAGCCCCCAAACGAGGACGUGCCCCGCUGGGACCCCAAGAACCCUCUCUGCCCUGGAGCCACACGGGCCAACGGCGAGGUGAACCCGCACUACGAAGGCACCUUUGUCUUCCCCAACGACUUCCCUGCAUUGCAGCCUGAUGCCCCUGAGCCUGAUGACAGUGGCCACCCCCUGUUCCGAGCGGCAGCUGCCCGGGGUGUGUGCAAGGUGAUGUGCUUCCACCCACACUCCGACCUGACGCUGCCUCUCAUGUCGCUGCUGGAGAUCCGGGCAGUGAUUGAUGCAUGGGCUGAGCUGGAGGCAGAGCUGGGGGCAUCCUACCCCUGGGUGCAGAUCUUCGAGAACAAAGGGGCGAUGAUGGGCUGCUCCAACCCGCACCCGCACUGCCAGGUGUGGGCCAGCAGCUUCCUCCCCAACGAGGCGCGCUUGGAGGAGCGGACACAGCGGCAGCACCACAGGCAGCACGGUGUGCCCAUGCUGCUGGAGUACGCCGAGCAGGAGGCACAGCGUAAGGAGCGGCUGGUGGUGGAGAACGAGGACUGGCUGGUGGUUGUACCCUACUGGGCCACCUGGCCUUUCCAGACCCUGCUCCUGCCCCGCCGCCAUGUCCUCCGCCUGCAGGACCUGUGUGACAGCGAGAGGGACAGCUUGUCACCAGUGCCUGGUGUCACUGGGGUCCUGGCUGGUUCUGGGUGCACUCACUGCCCCCCCAACCCCGCAGGCCUGGCCUCCAUCAUGCGGCGGCUGCUGAUCAAGUAUGACAACCUCUUCCAAGUCUCCUUCCCCUACUCUAUGGGCUGGCAUGGAGCCCCUACAGGCCCCCACCUGCAGGAGGACUGUGGGCACUGGCAGCUCCAUGCCCAUUACUACCCACCGCUGCUCCGCUCUGCCACCGUCCGCAAGUUCAUGGUGGGCUACGAGAUGCUGGCACAGGCGCAGCGGGACCUCACCCCUGAGCAGGCUGCAGAGCGGCUGAGAGCCCUCCCGGAGGUGCACUACAAGCUGAGGCCUCAGGAGACGGUGUGUGAUGCUGCCCAGGCCUGAGGCGAAGUGGAGGGCUCAGCUGGGACCUGUCAGCUUCUUCUGAGCUCCCUCAUGGACUGUGGCUUCCCCAGCCCUCAUCCUGCCCAGUCCCUGCUUGGUCAUCAUGCCAAAAGUCUUAUCUUCCUCCCAGUCUGGUCUUAGUGGUGGAAUGGGGAGCGAUGCCCAAUAAACCCACUAGCAAAGUGCCUCUGGCUGUACCCUGCUGGCUUCUGGCCUGUUAGGAGGAACCCCAGGUGCUGGGAGGGGAGAUAACCAGGGGGGUGCAGGGGAUGAGCUGCUCACUGCUGUCUCUGCAUUGCCUCCUUGUCCUCCCUGGGGGGAGCUCUGAGCCUGCUGAGCUGCCUUGCAGGCUGAGGAGCAGGAGGCUGCCCCAGGUGCAUCCAUCUCCUAGGCAGGGCUGGAGGCUGGCAAACUCCUUCUAAUCGUCUGGGGAUAUAGCCCUCAUCCUGUCUGCCUGGGUACUUGGGAUGCAGCGUGUGGGCUGGGGGUUGCAUCAGGCAGCUCUCUGCUCUGCUCCUCCCUGCAAUCCCAUCCCCUCUGUGAUGCCCCACAGCUGGUCUGGGGGUUUGUCCUGUGGGGAUGCCUGGUGUAUGGAGCACCAUCUGCCGCCACAUCCUCAUGCAAUUCUAUUUUAAUUGUCACCAAAGAGCCAUUCUAAUAACUCCCUAAUGAGGCCUGCAGCGUUUUGAAGUCUGAGAGUGGUCCCCUGGGGGCCAGAAAUCUCUUGCAAGCAGGGAGAUUCUCCUCUCCAGGACUGAUCUGCUACCUCCAAGACAGCGCCUUCUGGGAAGUGCCACGUGUCCCUGUCUAUGCAUUGUUCUCACAUCCCAGCCUGUGGAAGGCUGGAUGCUGUCUCCAUCCUCCCUGUGGUAUUCCCAUAUCACCUGAUGUCCCCAUCGCCUCCAGUCUCCUGCUCCUCUGUCCCUGUCCCCUCCGGUGUCCCCAUCCUGCCCCUGACAUCCCCAUUGCAAAGACAUCCCUACCAUUAUUCCACUUCUAUUCCCCAUACCCAGCAGGUCCUGGAAUUUUUGGGAGGAGGUGGUGGAUGGCAGCACAUUGGGGUGAUGACCACCACUGUCACAGCCCCCCUGUUCACCUUCUUCCUUGCAACAAGUGCAUGCUCAAAGCAAUCAGACCCUGCCCAGCUCUUUCCCAGGGCCCUGGAAAAGCAGCGAUGAAUUGGAUUAAAUGUGGGAAUCCAGAUUGGGGUAAUUAGCCGCUGAACUGGUUGUAACGAGGCUCGUCAUCCCCCUGCACGCGCAGUUAGCUCUGAUUUAAUAGCCCACCAGCGCUCAGCCCGGGCCGCCGUGCAUCAGCCCGGGGCCGUAAAUGAAACUUGCAGUAAGUCAAGCGGUAUUAAACUUUACAGUCACCGUCUUUAAAAACAAGACUCUUUCUCUAAUAAAUCAGAGCAAGUGGGAUUGUAAAUAUCAGGGCAGGAUCUGUAUUGCUUAAUUAAACAGAACCUAAUGAACA